AUGCCGUGGAAUUUAAGAAUUCCACAGGUCCCGGCUGGGCUCCAACAGACUCUCGAGAUUGCUACGGAGAAACGCAUUAAGAUCGUGAUCAACGGAGGUGCCAUCAACCCAAGAGGACUAGCCGAGGAAACACACAAAUUAGUCAAGGAAAAAGCACUUAACUUAACCGUCGCCUAUGUUAACGGAGACAACAUCAUCCACAAAGCUCAUCGUAUCCUAGCCGACAUCAACUCUGGUGCUCUCGCCCACCUAGAUAGUCACAAUGAGAACAUCCAUCUAGCAAAGGACUCCUUAGAUUUCUUGGAUCACCCGGAAACUAUACCGGUGGUCUACGCAAAUGCUUAUCUUAGCUAUCGUGCCAUCACGGCCGGUCUUGACCAAGGCGCAGAUAUCAUUAUCUGCGGGCGUGUGGCUAAUGCGCAAACUUCUCGGGUACUUUCCGCUAUCCUCCAGAAACCUUUCUCAGAAACCUUUCUCAGACUUAGCCUAUCGAUCGUGGAGAUAGUUAGUAGCGAUAACUACGUCGUGACGAAGCACGAGGGCCUUAAUGCCAUUAUCACACUAGAUACCGGAAACCUCUAUUUAAAUAGUGAUAUUAAGGCAGAUAUUACGCACAUCAAAGUUAAAGAAGAGACGACUAACCGGGUUUAUGUCUUAGGUAUCAAGGGAUACCUUCCUCCUGCGACUACUAAGUUAGCUAUCUUCCAUAAAGGGGCUCACUUUGCUAGCAUACACUGCACCCUUAAGAUACGAACUGUCAUUACAAGCACGUUCCUCGGCUUCUUCCCUACCAAGAUCCGGGAGUCUAAGCUUACAGACGCCAUCGACAUUUUCGGCCGUGAUUCUGUUCAAAGCCCUACGCGCACUAUAGUUAGUCCACCCAAGUCAACCGAACCAUUGAAGGAUAGGGAUAAUUAUGACGCGCCUAGGGCAACGUCACUCGCCAGCUUCGGUGUGACUGUCAAUAGGCCGCUCGGGGAUCUUACCCUUGGAAGAUCGGGCGAUAAAGGUGGCAAUGUCAAUAUAGGUCUGUACGUACAAACGGAUGAGCAGUGGAGGUGGUUCCGGUCUUUCAUGACUCGAGCAAAGUUGCAAGAGUUGAUAGGCGCAGACUGGCAGGAUUAG